GUCAAUAGAUCUAGGAAACAGAGGAAUUCUAACGUUCAACUGUAGAAAGUAACGAUGGCUUCCCUUGGGAGAAUCGGAAGUGUGAUGGGCAAUAUAGAUGACAUUGAGAAAGGUGCACAAGUGGCCACUAGCUUACUUCAGCAACGAGCUAACGAUGUCCGUGCCAAUCGUGUUAAUUGGCAGUCCUACCUUCAGGGACAGAUGAUUUCAUCUGAAGACUUUUCCUUCAUCUCAAAAUUUGACACAGCUAACAGUGAUGGUCGACGAGCUAUCCUAACUGAAAACCCAUUACAGUUUGCCAGGACUUUUUUCAACCUGAUGAGUCAAAUUGCGAAAGACCAGACCCUUCAGUACAUACUUACGAUGCUUGAUGACGUCCUUCAGGAAGAUAAAUCAAGAGUGGACAUAUUUAAAGGAUUUGCAAAACGCAGCAAGGAAUCGGUGUGGACUCCUUUCCUCCAUUUACUGAACAGGGAUGAUCGGUUUAUUGUGUAUCAAACAAGCCGAAUAAUUGCUAAGAUAGCAUGCUGGAGUAAAGAGUUGAUGGGAACAGAGGAUCUCAAGUUUUAUCUGAACUGGCUGAAGGAUCAGCUCCGACAGCCAGGUAACGAAUACAUGCAGACAGCAGCAAGGUGUCUACAGAUGAUGUUACGCAUAGACACAUACAGACAGGUGUUUGUUGAAGUGGAUGGCAUAUCAACUAUUGUCUCAGUUCUUGCUGGCAAGGUGGGAUUCCAAAUUCAAUACCAGUUGACCUUUUGCCUUUGGUGUUUGACCUUCAACCCUGGAUUAGCUGAAAGAAUGAACAAAUACAAUAUAAUCCCAACAUUAGCAGACAUUCUUAGUGAAAAUGUGAAGGAAAAGGUAUCACGAAUCAUCCUGGCAGUUUUCCGGAACUUAUUGGAGAAGCCUGAGGAGACAGAGAUGAUUCAGGACCAUGCUCUAGCAAUGGUCCAAUGUAAGGUUCUCAAACAGCUGGAGCUGCUGGACUCACGAAAGUUUGAUGAUCCGGACAUUGUGGAUGACAUUCUGUUCCUAAAUGAAAACCUUCAAAAGUCCGUACAGGAUCUGAGCUCGUUUGAUGAGUACUGUUCAGAAGUGAAGUCAGGACGACUGGAAUGGAGCCCAGUACACAAGUCGGAACGCUUCUGGAGAGAAAACGCACCACGAUUAAACGAGAAAAAUUAUGAGCUGCUCAAAAUUUUAGUGCGAUUACUAAGUGACAGCAAGGACCCACUCAUAUUAUCGGUGUCUGCCCAUGAUUUAGGGGAGUAUGUACGAUACUAUCCUAGAGGAAAGAAUGUUAUAGAACAACUUGGAGGUAAACAACUGGUGAUGCAGUACCUUUCUCACGAUGAUCCUAAUGUGAGAUUUGAGGCUCUGAUAGCAGUACAGAAGCUUAUGGUACAUAACUGGGAGUACUUGGGUCGACAGUUAGAAAACACCACAUCCAAGGACACCCCCGGUCUCGUCCCUGCCAAGGCCUAGUCACUGUAUCUCGUCACUUGUGAUAAGUCCAUCAAUAACCAGUAUGCAGUCAUUAUUACAAUAGUGGAUGUUUUCAUUUAAAGCAGAAACAACUUAACGAUAUCAAUACUGUACUCUCUGUAUAGACAUUGAGUUGUAAAACUUCCAUAUUGAUCUACCAUCAGCCAUCCUUGUCAUAACCUAGUGGCACUAGACGGUAUAUCUGCCAGGAAAAACACAUUAAUGUAGUUUACCCUGUAUUCACAUGUUAUGAGUAGAUUUUUAGAAAGAAACCGAUAUAUGUAUGCCACUGAUUUAAGGUAUAAUUCUGUAAGAUCAUUGAAAUCAUUGAAAAUAUGUUGUUUGAUUCAGAAAUAGUUAGGAGCAAGAAGACAUUUAAUGACAAGAUGUGUUUCUUGUGGCUCACGAUACAAAAAGUAACACAUAUAGAGACCUCAUUGAACAUACAUCAUCCAUAGCAAAAAUAUUUAUAUCUGUAAUGUGUUUAAAAAUAAUCAACAUACGAACAAAAGAUUUGAUUUGAAUGUUUAAUACUGUUGUAUUUUGAUUGUGAUAUGCAGUAAGAGUGAGAUAAAAUCUGUUUAGAUUUGUGGAUGUGUUAUACUAAUUAAUGUUUAAAUUAAAAUUAAACUAUGAUUAGAUAAUAUCUCGGUCCUUUCUCUGUAUAUUAAUCAUAUCCCUUCAAUUUAGUUAUGAAUACUCUAUUUCUCAUACUAACACUUUACAUUCCAAAAAAUAAUUAAAAAGAUGUUGUUGGAAAAUGGAGAAUAUGAUAGUGUUUUAUAUCUGUUAUGAAAAUUAAAAGUAUGUGCACUUAUUGUGAUAUGUUAAAAUGUGUAUGAAUAAAACCCUUCCCCAUGGAAGAACAUGAUAUAAUUUAUAGAUCAGAAUGAUGGUUACCUAAAAAGUAAUUGAAGAAGUAUUGAAGCCAUUUUUAAUGGUGAUGUUGGAGUAAUCCAGUAUUUAUUAGAGUCAUUAGUAAUGGUUGAUAAAUCAUGUUGAUAUUUGUGAUUGUGAAUAAAUAUAUAAAGUGCUUUAACUUCAGUGCAAAGAAUUUGAUUUUUUUUCAUCCCAGAUCUAUGAGUGUUAAUUAGUUAUUUUGGCCAUGCAAUAAGUGAAAUAUAUAAAGUUAUUUUCAAAUUGUCCAGUUUAAAAUAUCUUAAAAGUGCAAGGUCUUCGUUAAGCGUCAGUGCUUUAUGUAAUCAUCUUCAGAUACUUAACAAUAAAUACAUAGUUACAUAGUAACCAUGGCGAUACAUUUUAACAUCAUAGAUUUGGUGAUGUCACAAAAGGAGAUGAAUCUUAUACAAGACUAUUAAGCUUAGGUUUAAACAGUUUGAUACAAUACUUUCCUUCCUCUUAUCUUUCUAAAACAGUCUCCGUAUAAAUUUUUUUUUAAAAAAAAGAAAUGUUUUAAAGUCCUUUUGCCUAUAUAUAUUAGAAAGUUGAAUUCACAGUGUGCAGUACAUAUACAGAAAAGGAGGAAAUUGGAAACACUUCUUAUUAGUAAAACAUUAACACUUUUAUUACAAAUCUUUAUACACUUUUACAAUUAGUUGUAUUACCUCAGUUGUACUACAUGGAUGACUACGCGGUAACACAAUAUGACAUCAUCAAUAACGGCUUAAUUUUCCAUUAUGACGUCAUAGAAAAGAGAGAAAACGUGUAAAGAUAUAAUAUGAAAGGGCCUGUGCUUUAUUAUUCAGAGGUUUUUCCCAUUUUGUUUUAUAUCUUUAUAUUAACAAUGAUUUGCUUGCUGCUUAUUAAGGAGAAAAAUGGAGAUUUUUAUCAAGGUAUCUAAAGGUCAUUUUACAAGACAUGUAAGUACCAAGCAUUUAACUGAAUGCCAAAUCCUUAAACUCAACUUCUCAUUUAUUUACAUACAAUGUGAUCAGAAUGAAGUCUGUCAUAAAAAAGCAUACAUUAUGAAUGUUUUGCCACAUCAUUCUUCUGACUAACAAGUAUUUAAAACGCCCAGAAAAUCCUGAGGUUUAUGUGGUGAUGCAUUUGCACCAGUACACAAUGUUUAUAUAUUGGGGUCAAACUUUGUGUGUUAUGUACUAUAGAAUUAAGUAUGUUUCCAAAAAAAUUCUUAAUCCUGAUGACAUUGAUAACAAGUGAUAAACUUGUCUCACUAUUUGCAGGGAUUGGUUUUUCCGUUAAGUGUUAAAUUGCUGUAAAAUAAGUAACUUUAUAGUUUUGACGUUAAAAGGUGAAAGUGGUAGUUUUAACAACACAGUAGUUUGUCUCUAAUUACAAGGGUAUUACUAGUAUUAAAUGAAAUUCUUCAUUUGUCUGACAAAGUGGGGUUAUUAUUAUUAUUAUUUUUGUAAUUUUUUUCAUUUUUAAUGAUUAACAAGAACGAUUUAGAAUAAAAAUUAAAAUCUACUAAGAUUGAAAGAAUUCAUUAGUCUUUACAGGAAUUACAUUUCUCUGUGUUUGUGAGUACAAUAGGAAUUUGUAAUACUAAACUAGUUUGAAAUUUCCUGAUGAUUUAUGUAAACACAUGUAUAUGUAGUACUUUUAUACUUAGUACAAUUCUAGUCACCUGUACUGUUGUAACAUGAUGAUUCCUAAUACUUUGUUGACAAUGAUCCCCAUGGUGACGGUUUCCUAUGUGACAGUGGGCCAAGGAAUAUGAUUAUAAUGACUGAGUUCUAUUUGUUGUAAAUUCUUGUAUAUUACACGUUUGUCAGAUCUUGAAAUGUGAUUAAUCAUUAGUCAGAAAAAACCUAUAUUAAUAUUGUCUUAUACAGUAUAUCAUCAGGGUCAUGUUCUGUUUACAUUAGGGGAGGUAACUAGUAGGGAAAGAUUGGGUUAGAAAUGUAACAAUCUAAAUUAAUAGUCAUAUGUAAAUAAUUCUGCUAUCUCCCUUAAAACCUGAGGAACUUAUUCAAAUGCAUGUGGAGAUCCAAGAUGUGCGGUUGGAUUCCUACAAAAGAUGAUUUGUGAUUCCCAGGACGCUGAAAUCACAGAUGAUUCUAUACUGUUAUGUUUGUGUUCUCGAACAAGACCAUAUGCAAAUUUCUUUGGGUAGCAUGCAGAAUGAUUUCAGAUUGAUGAGCAUUGAGUGAUUUCUAUCCAGAGUUCUGCACCACUCACCUGAACAUGAUCCAGGUUGGUUUUGAGGGCGAUGAACCUUAUUGCUGGACUGUCAAAAGGUAUCGUCAUUUCAUUACUUUGGGUGUGUAUGAUAUACAAUGAUAGAUUAAGGUAUAAUUAAUUUUUAGAUUAUGGUUAAUCUGAUAUGUAUUUGAGGUUUUAUAUUAGGUCUGUAAGUCUAUAUAAUAUUGUAGGAGUAUUCAGUGUACCAAAGUUAGGGUUUUAUUGUCUGUAGAGGGAUAUAAAGUCUAUAUUGUUUGCUACAGGUUGUACCUCAGGAUUGAUCAGGAGUUAUCAUACUUUACAUGAGGUAUCAACUGAAAUUUCACGUGUUGAUUGAUUAAAAAUAUGUUGUACCAUACACUGUGCAUGUUUGGAAUGAUUUACGAAUGAAUGGUGUAAAAUUGAUGAUCAAUUUAUGUUACAAAAGGAUGAGAAAGUUGAUGAGAAUUAAUGCUACUUUA